AUGAUGAGGGCGAUAUUAAUUUUGACAUUACAUUAUUGCGUCGAGGAAAUGGUUGCUGAUAAAACGUGCAACAAUUUUGAUAAGUGUGGUACGUGCGUUGGUUUCAGUGGAGACAAAUGCGUGUGGUGUUCUGAGCCAAAUAUAACCGAAACUAGAUGCCAGCCAGAAAAGUUUUUUCUCACUAACCAACAUUGGUGUAAUGAGUCCCUCGUCUACAAUCCCAUUAUGAUGUCUGGUGAAACAGUUAGGAACGACUCUUUGAACCCUGGUACGGACAAGCGGAAACCAGUCCAAAUUCAACCUCAAGAACUGAAAGUGACAUUGAGACCGGGGGCAGAGUAUAAUUUCAAAAUGUUUUACAAGCCAGCGGAUGACUUUCCUCUAGAUGUCUAUUAUCUUAUGGACUAUUCGUACACCAUGAAGAAAUAUAUAGUGCAACUAAAAACAGAAGCUGAAAAUAUAUUUAAGCAAUUGAGGACGUUCACCAACAAUGUCCAGUUUGGCGUCGGGUAUUUCAUUGAGAAACCAGAUUUCCCUUUCGUGAAUCCCCAACUACAGUACGCUUAUUCCUUUAAAAAUCGUCUAUCGUUGACCAAAGACAUAAAAGCGUUUACGGAGGCUAUUGCGAACGAAACAGAAGGAUCCAAUUAUGACCUGCCAGAGGCUGGUUUGGAUGGACUAAUGCAAGUAAUGGCUUGUGAAAAAGAAUUAGGUUGGAGAUCGGAAGCUCGACGCAUCAUUGUUCUAGCAACUGAUGCGCCAUACCAUAGUGCGGGAGAUGGGAAAAUGGUAGGCGCCGGGAAUCCAAACGACAUGAUAUGCCAUCUGAAUGCAACUAAUUAUUACAGUCAUAGCUUACUGCAAGACUAUCCGUCUAUAAGUCAACUCAACAAAAUGGCCUCUGAUGGAAAAUUCAGAAUAAUUUUCGCAGCUCUCAGCAUGGUUAAAAAAGAAUAUGAGUUGCUGGCCAAACAUAUUUUAGGAUCCAAAUAUGCAGAGUUGAAGACAAAAUCAAACAUUAUCGAUAUAAUAAAAAAUGCUUAUUUGGAAUCAUCAAGAUACAUGAUGUUAAAGUAUCAGUGGCCCCCUUAUGUACAGUUAAUGUUGCAACCAGAUUGUUCAAAGGCAGGCAAUUGUGAAAUGCGUCAUAAAAAAACGCUCACAAUAGAUGCACAAAUAAAAGUGCAAGAAUGCCCAGACAACAAAAAAGAUUUCUUCCAGAAAUUAGAAAUAGAACCAGAUGUGGGAGGGCUUGACGACAAGUUAAAAAUAUAUCUAGAAAUUGACUGUCAAUGUGAUUGCGAAAAAAAUACAGGUAUAGAAAAUUCGUCACUGUGUAGCACAUCUGGCACACAUCGAUGCGGUAUCUGUGAAUGUAAUAAAGAUCGAUAUGGCGACGUCUGUCAAUGCAAUGGAAACAUUACGAGCAAGACUGACUUAGAAAAAUGUAAACAUAAUAAGAACGAUACAGGUUUCUGCAGCGGUAGGGGUACAUGCGUAUGUGGCAAAUGCAGUUGCGUCACCGGUUUCUCUGGUAAUUAUUGCGAAUUUGAUGACAAUUCCUGCCCAAGGCAAGACGAUAAGCUUUGCUCUGCUCAUGGAAGGUGUACUCUUGGAGCUUGUCAAUGCGGCACGGGAUGGACAGGAGACGACUGCAGCUGUACCUUGGUCACCACGAAAUGCUACCUUCCAUUCUCUAAAGAGAUUUGUUCGGGCAAUGGCGAAUGUGAGUGUGGUGGGUGCGUGUGUCGUAAGACAAAAGAAGGCACACUGUACUCGGGUAGUUUUUGUGAUGACUGCGAGGAAUGCACUGAGAAACGUUGCAAGGAACUAGAGGAUUAUGCUGCCUGCAAUUUAUGGAACAACAAAACGUAUUGCGACCAACUGCCAGAAUUUAAUCAGACCUCCAAUACGGAAGUGCAGGUUCUGAGCAAGGGUGAAAUUAAUAAUAUGACCUGGCCAACAGCCAAGUGGUGUUACAAAAAGUUAGAGAACGGCACGUCAAUAGUGUUUAUGAAUUAUCACGAUAAAAGCAAUAAUAACUUACAACUGAUUAUCCAGAAAGAACUUGAAGAGGAGAGCAAGCGCAAGAUUUGGAUUGCUGUGGGCGCAUCCAUUGGCACCGUCUUAUUAAUUGGACUCUUGACUGUCAUCAUUUGGAAGAUUAUAAUGGACAAGAUGGAUGAGAGAGAGUAUCACAAUUUCAUCAGUAAAGCUCAAGAGGCUGGUUUCGAUGUCUCCGAGAACCCGAUUUAUCAACCAGCCGCAAUAAGUUUCUCAAAUCCAACAUAUGGCGUUCAGCAGAAUUAA